CUUACUGCCAUUCCAUACUCCUUGACUUGCAUCAGCGUACUUUUCAACUUGAGGUAUGAUUCUUGUUGCAAUGGUUUGAUGACAUUUCGCGAAAUUUUGAUCAAUAGCCUGCAAUGUCAGCGUGAUGUUCUGCUGUAAUUUUUCUAAUUCUGCAUUGAGCUGCUCGUCUGUGUACGAGGUCAUCUUGGUUUGUUGUGAUGGCACGCGCAAAACGACGCGAAGGUGAAAGAGAAAUUUUUGAACCGACGCGCUCGCUAAUUGCCCGUGACGUUCUUGGGCGACACACCGAGACCCAAAAAAAUAAAGCGACAGUACCCACACUGAACCCUCCAUUUCAUUCAUGAAGAAAAACGAGGAAAUAUUCGAAGAAGCGGUGCAGUACGAAGAAAAGGGAGAGCGGCAGGAAAGCACGGAGCAAGCUCGGGAGUAUUACGAGAAAGCUGGCGAAAUGUACUCUCGAGCACACGAACUUGACGAAAGCGACAUAGAUUCACUUUACAAUUGGGCAAGAGUGCUUUUCUUGCUUAUGGACUACGUCCCAGAGCAUGCUGAAGCUGAAGAGAGACUCAAUCUCCUUGAUAAAUCCAUCAGCAGAUUUCGAAAAGUACUUGAAAUGCAAACUAAUAAUGCGGACGCCAUGUUCAAUCUUGCCCAAGGUCUGACAGUUCGAGCCGAUUUGGUCGAGGACGUCGAUGGUAUCACUGAUGCGCAUGGCGAGGCAGCACAGGCUUUGCAGGAGGCCGUUAGUCUGUAUGAAUCGGCUUACGAGCUCCAAGAAAAGUUACACCAACAACAAACUCAUGGUAGCAGUACCUCCUCCGCUACGCCCAUCGCCAUCGCAAAAGCUCCCGUUACAGCCUUCACUUUAAUCGAAACGCUAACAUCGCUGGUCGAUGCAACCAGAAGCCUGGGAGAAAUGCUGGAUGAAUUCGAAGAUGUGCAGCUUCUGUACAAAGCAGCAUUAAGCAAGAUAUCUUUAGCCUACGGAAUUUUGGCCGAAAAUACCGAAUCGGAAGAAGACACGCCUGCGAUUAUUCAACUUUACCAAAGUCAUGCAAGCUUAUUGGCAGCGCUUGCAGAUAGAACAUUUACAGAUACGGGAGAGUUGGAUGAAAAAUCGUACAAAACGGCCAUUGAAACAUUAGCCAAAGUAAUUAUUUUAGACCAAGACAACGUCGAAGCGCAUUGUGACCUCGGCGACUUGUAUGGUGGAUAUGCACAAGCAAAAAUGCGAACCUGUACAGAUCAAGACAUAUCAUCGCAGGAAGAGAAAUCGUUAUGGGGAUUUUACACAGAGGCUACAAGGUGUUUUCAAACAGCUCUGGAUUACCAACCAGAUAAUUUAACCACGUUGUUUAAGUUAGGAGACAUCCAUUUUACCAGAGCACAACUCCCCUUUGCCAUAGCACGAAAACAAAAAACACAACUUUUGAAGAGUGCUGAAUACUGGUACAAGCAUGCUGUGGACCUCGAAACUAGCGAUUUGGAAGGCGGCUGGGUACCCUGGGCGAUGAGCGCUUGGGCCAUAGCCAAGUGGACGACGGAUCAUAUGGAAAAAUUAACCGAAGCCGAAAAUAUUUUGAAACUGUGGGUUGAACAAGGAGGUUCUCUGAACCUUUUAAAGGAAGUUGGUAAAGAUAAUAUCCUUAUGCCUGAUGAAUUUAUAACUUGGGCUUCGGAUAUCUUGUUACAAUAGUCAAUGAUGUCCGUUGCUCUAUCUAAUCGACGCCUUUGACGAUUCAAAACGAUAAAAAUAAACCCGAUUAUCCACCUUUGGUAUAUGCAGUUUCCCAUCCGGUGUAGUUCUAGCCUGUGCGUCUGAUGCAAUGCUCUCCAUUGGCCUUACCGUUUUCUAGCGGUUCGAGAAUCAUGUACUGUACCACGACAAAAUUGGGAAGCCCCCACCUAUUUGAACAGGCAAGCCCG